AACUGAAAAAUUCUGAAACUUUUCAGGACUUGCAGGAGAACGAGAUGAAUUGAUCAGUGCAUGGAGGAGUGCUCGUGCAAGAUUGUGCUUGUUGGUGACAGUGGAUGUGGCAAGACUUCACUCAUUACCAGAUUUGUUAGUGACACUUUCACUCAGGUAUACACACCCACAGGUUUUGAGCGAUAUACUGCUACUUAUUCCGUGGGAGGACAUAGAAUCCAUUUUACCCUAUGGGACACAUCAGGUACAUCAACAUACGAUACAGUACGGCCACUAGCUUACAAAGAUGCAAGUGUUUUCCUUCUGUGCUUCAGCAUUGGUAGCCCAGAUUCUCUGGAUAGUACGAUAAAGAAGUGGUAUCCAGAAAUUCGGCAACAUAGUCAAAACAUACCCAUCAUUCUUUGCGGCUGCCAAAGUGACCUUCGACACGACGCAGAAACCAUGCGCGCCUUGGCUAAAAUAAAGAAAGUGCCUGUGACAGCAGAGCAGGCUCUAGGAGUGUCUCGGCAAAUCCACGCCACGACGUAUGUUGAAUCCUCCUCGCACUCGUGCUCUCGCAGCGUCAGGGAUGCGUUCGAAAUAUCCGCUCUCGCAGCCCUCGGCAAGCUGAACAAGAACCACGUCCUGCGCAGUGCCACAGCCCCGCCCUCGAUGACCACCAGGGGCAAGUACAAGGACAAGGAGUCCCUCAAGGAGGACUUGCAGGACAGAACGCGAAACUGCUCGCUCAUGUGA